AAACCCAUAGGGAAAGCCCUGGGGUUCCUAUCGGUGGUAAACACGCUUGGCUCCCAAGGGAGGAGAGGGAGGGCGUGUUGCGUCAUUGUUGUUGUUUUUAAAAGGGACACGUUGACUUAGUAGCGUCGACUGGCUUCCUCUGACCCGGUGUCAUGCGCUUGGGCCGCCACAAUGCCUCUGGGCGACAAUGUGGCCCUACUGGAAAUGCCUGUGUGACACAACUGAGCCCAGGCAGGGAAGCGCCGGCUCAUAAACAUCGCAAGUGUCAUUACCUAACACCACGUAACAAACAGAUCCAUCCAAAGGAGAAUCGAUUAUUGGAGAAUAGCUUCGGAUACUUUGAAAAGAUGGAAGAUCCUGCGCAGCUCAAGGAAGAAGGGAAUAAGUAUUUCGCGUCUGGCGACUACGAAAACGCCAUCCAAAGCUACUCCAAAGCCCUGAAGCUGACCAAGGAUAAGCCCCUCCAGGCCGUUCUGUACCGAAAUCGGGCGGCCUGCUUCCUUAAAAAGGAGAGCUAUGCCCAGGUGGCAUCGGACGCAUCGAGAGCGAUCGACAUCGAUCCCUCGGACAUUAAGGCCUUGUUCCGCCGGAGCCAAGCCUUGGAGAAGCUGGGAAAGCUGGACCAGGCGUUCAAAGACAUCCAGAGAUGUGCCACCAUUGAGCCCCGGAACAAGAACUUCCAAGAGACACUCCGGCGGCUGGGAGCCGACAUCCAGGAGAAGCUGCGGGUCCAGUUCUCCACCGACGCCAGGGUCCAGAAGAUGUUUGAAAUCCUGCUGGACGAAAACAGCGAGAAGGAGAAGCGGGAGAAGGCGGCCAACAACCUCAUAGUCCUCGGCCGGGAGGAAGCCGGAGCCGAGAGGAUCUUCCAGAACAAUGGACUCAACCUGCUCUUGAAGCUGAUUGAAACCAAAAGCCCAGAGCUGAUCCUCGCUGCCAUCCGGACACUUUCGGGGAUGUGUGCCGGACACAAGGCCAGAGCCACGGCGAUCCUCCACGGCCUGGGAAUCGACAAGAUCUGCCUCUGGAUGUCCAUCGACCACGAAGAGAUCUCCCUGGCGGUCACCAACCUCUUGCAGGCCAUCAUUGACUCUCUGACCGGGGAAGGGAAGAAGGACGAACACGGGAAGGAGGAUGCGCUGGUGCUGGAUACGAAGAAGGACCUGAAGGCCAUCACGGUCCACCUGCUGGACAUGCUCCCCAGCAAAAAGGUCUCCGGCCAAGGCCGCGACCGGGCUCUCAAUCUGCUCAACAAGAACAUCCCCAGGCAGGACCUGAAAAGCCAAGACAACAGCCGGAGCAUCUUUGUCAUUGACCAAGGUCUGAAGAAGAUCCUGAAGGUUGCCGGCCAGGUGCCUGACUUGCCCAACUGCCUCCCUUUGACGGAGAACACCCAGCUGACGGCUUCGGUCCUCCUGAACAAACUCUAUGACGACUUGCGCUGUGACCCGGAGAGGGAUAAUUUCAGACUGAUCUGCGAGGAAUACAUCCAGAGCAAGAUUGACCCGCAGGACAUGGACAAGACCCUCCACGCCAUCCAGACGGUCUCUGGGGUCCUCCAAGGGCCCUUCGACUUGGGCAACAAGCUCCUGGGCAUGAAGGGGGUGAUGGAGAUGAUGGUGGCCCUCUGCGGCUCGGAGCGGGAGAUCGACCAGUUGGUGGCCGUGGAGGCCCUGAUCCACGCCUCCACCAAGCUCAGCCGGGCCACCUUCAUCAUCACCAACGGCAUCUCCCUCCUGAAGGAGAUCUACAAGAAGACCCAGAACGAGAAGAUCAAGAUCAGGGCCUUGGUGGGUCUUUGCAAGCUGGGAUCCGCCGGAGGUACAGAUUAUGGCCUCAGACAGUUUGCAGAAGGAUCGACGGAGAAGUUGGCAAGACAGUGCCGGAAAUGGUUGUGUAACCCGGCCAUCGACACUCGGACUCGGAAGUGGGCCAUAGAAGGACUGGCUUACCUGACGCUGGAUGCCGACGUGAAGGACGACUUUGUGGAAGACGAGCCCGCCAUGCAAGCCAUGUUUGAACUAGCCAAGACAAGCGACAAGACCAUCCUCUACUCAGUGGCCACCGUCCUGGUGAACUGCACCAACAGUUACGACGUCAAGGAACUGGUCCCCGAACUGGUCCAACUGGCCAAGUUUUCCAAGCAGCAUGUCCCCGAGGAGCAUCCGAAGGACAAGAAGGACUUUGUCAUCAAGCGGGUGAAGCGUUUGGUCAAAGCCGGCGUCACCUCGGCCUUGGUUUGUAUGGUGAAGGCCGACAGCGCCAUCUUGACGGAUCAGACCAAAGAGCUCCUGGCCAGAGUCUUCCUUGCUCUUUGUGAGGACGCCAAAGACCGCGGCAUCAUUGUGGCACAAGGCGGCGGGAAGGCGCUGAUCCCUCUGGCCUUAGAAGGCACCGAUGUUGGAAAGAUCAAAGCGUCGCAUGCGCUGGCCAAGAUCGCUGCCAUCUCCAAUCCGGACAUCGCCUUCCCCGGCGAGAGGGUAUAUGAAGUUGUGCGGCCGCUGGUCAGUCUGCUGAACACCGAGAGGGAUGGCCUCCAGAACUACGAGGCUUUGCUGGGACUCACCAACUUUUCUGGAAGAAGCGACAAACUCAGGGCCAAGAUCAUCAAGGAGAAAGCCUUGCCAGACAUUGAGAACUACAUGUUUGAGAACCACGACCAGCUCCGACAGGCAGCCACGGAGUGCAUGUGCAACUUGGUGGUCCACAAAGAGGUCCAAGAGCGGUUCCUGGCCGAAGGGAAUGACCGGCUCAAGCUGAUGGUCUUGCUGUGCGGAGAAGACGACCCCAAGGUCCAAUGCGCGGCGGCCGGAGCCCUGGCUAUGCUCACAGCCGCCCACAAGAAGCUCUGCCAUAAGCUCACCGAAGUGACAACUCAGUGGCUGGAGAUCCUGCAGCGGCUUCUCCUCCACGACAAGAUGGACGUCCAGCACCGCGGACUGGUCAUCGCCUACAACCUGAUCCACGCUGACCAGGAGCUGGCCAAGAAGCUGGUGGAGAGUGAGACGUUGGAGAUCUUGACCGUCAUUGGCAAACAGGAGGAUGACCCCAAGAGGCAGCAUGUCCUGAACGUGGCCAGAGAGUGCCUGGUCAAGUGCCUGGACUACGGGCUCAUCAAACCCGCCUCUCAGCCCUAAGGAAACGGCGUAAACCCCGAAAACGGCGAGGGCACUGGUGCAUUGGAAAGCGACGGGAGAUCAUGCGCAGGACUCGCAGAAGCCGCGUUCCUAAAGCCUCGGAGACGAAAGUGGUGUCAAACUGGAUUAUUUCAGGAAUAAGGGAAUAUCGGAAUUUCAUGUCGGAGAGCUAACUGGACAUUAAACCGGGAUAAUAAUAAUAAUAAUAAUAAUAAUAAUAAUAAUAAUAAUAAUUACUAUUAUUAUUGUUGAAAUAUAGUUUCCUCCCCCUGCAAAGUAGUUGUGUUUGUUUUCCAGGAGCUGGGUUCGAGAAUCCUCUCCUCGCUGACGCCUUUUGGCAUCACAAAGGGUUGUUUUUAUGCGCAAGCGGUGGUUGCGCGGUUGUCGUUUGAUGGUGUUUCCUAAUAAAAUAAGAUGCUCUUUCAGAUGACGUUGGCCGAGGUUAUCAUUUAACCAAUGGUUUUAAUUAGCGCCAGCACAGCUUCUUCGGUGGUUUGAGUUUUGGAUUAUGGCUCCGGAGACCAGGGUUCGAAUUCCAACCCAGGCACUUUUCACUUAUAUACUGUAUUACAUUUAUUAUCAGACCGGAAGUCACAGAUCGCAUGUAAAACAACACAAUUUUGCACAUCUGCUGUCAUUGCAGAUAAAGCACAAUAAACCGAGGAUGGAAGAUCUUGUCGAUUAA